UCCAGGCCAUCGAGUGUUCGCAUCGAUGUUCUCGAGAAUCGAUCAGAGGCCUCGACGCGAAGUGUUUCUCGAUAACAUGUUGACAGUUUCGACAAUUGAAGUGGGCAACGAUUUUGACCGUUAGAAAUAAAGUUAUGGCGUAGCUUUUUCGAGUGUGGAUCUAGUUCGUAUUCGCCUUGAUUAUAAUCAUAAUCUUAUUCGCCGGGCGAUUAUAUUAUGCUGCAGGUUCGCGGUCGACUCGAAUCGGUUGAUCAAGUGCCAGCAUCGAGACGAGACGUCAGUUGUUGUUGCGGCUCACUUCCGGUCUUCAACGCCGGUAAAACGAAAUUUCGUACCGAACGAACGAUUCUUACGAAGAUUUCUCGACGAAUUCCCGACCAAUCUGGAACGUAAUUCACAUUUCAAGUGUUCAACGACGAAUUUUCCCUGUAAUUUGUCCACGGUAUCGUGAUAAAGAUGAGGGAUGCGAUUUCGCAGAAAGGAAACAAUAACAGUAACAAUAAUAACAAUAACGCAACACCCUCGAAGACCAAGCCUUCCUUGGAGAUUUAUCGACCUCCAGGCGGAAGAACAGAAGGAGCCACGGCGAACGUCACUAAUCCGCGAUUGAACGUACACGCGAAGGAGUUCACUAUGAAGCAGAACGAUUCGCAUCCUUCUAAAUCUCGGAACGCUUCAGAGCGAUCCCCGUACUAUCUGCAGCAUAGCAAGUCGAGCGGCAACGUGCACCGGUAUUUGUACGCGCAACAACAGCAACAGAUACAGCACACCCUGCAGCAACAACAUCACCAGAUAUCCCGUCAGUCGCAGGGCAGUCAUCAUUCGGCGCUCAGACAGGCACAUCCGCUCGAUAAUUCCGCGUCGGGUGGUAAUAUUAUACAUGGCUCCGGUAGGGUCCAUUUCAGCGUGGACCAGAACGAAGUUAAAGCGAAUCCGGGAAAACCCGGCAGGCUCACCAAGUCGUUGUCCUUUGUCUCUACGUACGGUUUGAAACGAUCGAAAAGCCUGAACGCAGCCGAUGUGUUGGCCGCGAAGGCGAUGAACAUCUCGGACGCCUCGGAAUUAGGGAAAUUCCCUCCUGGGGUUCAGGACACGCUACUGAGGGCCAUCGAAGAUCCGAAUCUAUUAAAUGCAAGAGCGCUCAUGGAACUGGUACGCCACAUUCUCGAGAGGGUUGUCGAGAACCGGAAAUACGCGGAGCCUGCGGCGAAAAUUUGUAUCACCAUUAUAGAGAAAGAAGCUAAGGAAACGUUCUUGGAGUCCUUGUUAAACAUGUGCCAGCAGUGGUACCAGGAUCGCGUGAAGAUAUUAUACGACAGAUCCAGUUACCAUCGUUACUCUGCCUUCAUGACGUUCCUGAACGAGAUGUAUUGUCAGUUGAAGCGGAGGCAGCUCCAGCUGAAGACGCAACAGGAGGGCGUUCCUCCUGGACGCGUUCUCUUGACGUUGCUUUGGAAGUGCUGUCAGGACUGCUUGCAGCCACCUGUCGUCAAUUCUCUGGCGGAGACGGACUGUCUGUUCUUCGUCCUGACGUGUAUCGGCAAGGACUUGGACACUGAACUGCCGGCCCAGUUGCAACAGUUGCUCGGCAGCUUGAGGGACGCGUUUCUCGCCGAGGACACGAUCCUGCCUCCGGUCCGAAAGACCCUUCUGCAACUGAUCGAGCUUCACGCCGCCCACUGGCAGCUUCCUGCUCCGGCGGUCGUCUACUAUUACCCUGGAUCGACCUCGAAAUGAUCCUUUGCCAUCUCCGG